UCUUCUUCUCGCUCUAUCGUCGUCUUGUUCCUCCAUGCUGUUGAGUUAGGGUUUUCAUUUCUUCACGCAUUCCCUUCUUCCGAUCCAUAUUUCAACGCAUCACAACAACCGCAACAUCAUAUUUCGCUGUCUACACCAUACUCAACGAUCUCGAGCUUGGAGGUAUUACCAAGUUUGCUGCAUCGCUAUGGGCUACCAAUUGGCUUAUCACCAACAACCACUCGGUUCUCCUAUAUAAAACUCGAUGGUACCAGAGGGCUAGGGAGUUAUGGGCUGCUUUCAGGAUGCCAAUUGUAAUAGGGGUUCUUUGUGCUGUCAGCUGAUUCUAUUUUUCAUCUGGCUUCAUACUUUCCAAGAUGUUACAGCACAAGAAACACAUGCUGACCCUAGGCGAAUUUCUUCUCUGGUAGAGUUAGCUAAGGAACCUGCUUCUGGAGAAUCUGAACUCUUUGACCCCAUAGAAAUAUCGCCUGCUGUCAUACCAAAAUUCCCAUAUCCCACCGAGACUUUUCCACCAAUGUACCCUUCUUUCCCAACCAGAUAUGAACCAGUUUUAACUGGUAAAUGCCCUGUAAACUUUUCACAUUCAGAUAUAUCAACUAUCCUAGAUAAAACAGCAUUUGAUUGCUCUGCACCUUUGGCAGCCCUUGUAGGGAACGUAAUAUGUUGUCCACAGUUUGGUAGCUUAAUCCACAUCUUCCAGGGUUUCUUCAGCAUGAAAUCUGAUAAUUUGGUUUUGCCAAAUGCUGUUGCUGAUUAUUGUUUUUCUGAUAUCAUUAGUAUCCUAGCCAGUAGAGGGGCAAAUAGUACGAUCCCCACACUUUGCUCCAUAAAAUCAUCUAAUAUUACAGGCGGUUCAUGUCCUGUGAAGGAUGUUUCGACUUUUGAAAAAACAGUCAACACUAGUAAAUUACUUGAGGCUUGCAGCACGGUUGAUCCACUUAAAGAGUGUUGUAGACCUAUUUGCCAGCCUGCAAUAAUGGAAGCAGCACUUCAGAUUUCUGGAGGACAAAUGAUGAUCAAUAAUAAUGAAAAUGUGGCUGGGGAAGUGAAUCACACUGAUUAUUUUAAUGAUUGUAAAGGUGUGGUUUAUUCAUAUCUAUCCAAAAAAUUAUCAUUUGAAGCCGCAAAUACUGUAUUCCGACUACUAUCUGCCUGCAAAGUCAACAAAGUUUGUCCUUUGACUUUUAAGGAGCCUUCAGAAGUAAUUUCUGUAUGUCGAAAUGUAGCUGCUCCUAGCCCUUCCUGCUGUAGUUCAUUAAACACAUAUAUUGCAGGGAUACAAAAGCAAAUGUUAAUUACAAAUAAACAAGCAAUAAUAUGUGCAACACUUUUUGGGUCUAUGUUACGUGGAGGUGGAGUGAUGACAAAUAUUUAUGAGCUCUGUGAUGUUGAUUUGAAAGAUUUCAGCAUACAACCAUAUGGAGUACCAGGAUGUCUACUUCGAAGCUUGCCUGCAGACGUAAUAUAUGACAAUUCAACAGGUGUUAGCUUUACAUGUGAUUUGAGUGACAAUGUUGUUGCGCCCUGGCCUUCAUCAUCUUCUAUGACAUCCGUGUCACUCUGUGCACCUGAGAUGUCAUUACCUGCACUACCAACUUCGCAGACAUUGAAAAAUAUUGGCUGUAACUCUGGUGGAGAGGGAUUCCUUGUGCUUAUUUUUUCAUUUUUCUUCUUCAGUACACUGUUGUACUGAAUAGAUUUUAGGGUUCAGAUGCGUGUCGGCUGGGCAUUUCAAAGUGUCUUUGGUGUGGGUUUUGCAUGUAUAUUUUUGAAUGGCCUCAUUGUAUAGCAUCCUCUUUAUUCCCCCA